AUGUACUCUGAUUUUGAAGAAAUGAAUGAGAAAAUGAAAAUAGGCAAAUUGCUUGCAAAUGGAACAUCUACGACUAGAGAGGCUAAGGAGACACUCAACGAGCUCAGCAUCUUCAUAAGCAGCUACGCCCUGGCCAUGAUCAAGGAGAAUAAGAAUCCUGGGAAGUUGAGUAAGGAGGACGUCGAUGACGUGUUCAAUACACUGAACUAA